GCCGGAGCUGUCUCCCCCGGCACAAAUUUAACCCCCGCUGCAACUUUUCCUCCUCUGGCUCCAGCGUUGCUGGGGUGGGUUUUUCCCCCUUCCCCCUCCUUUCCCUCGGAUUGAUUUUGGCGGAGAGGGAGGGGGUGGGGAAUCCUUUUUAUUGCGAAGAGCGGAGAGCACAGAGCCCGGCUCGCUCUGUCGAGCCUUCCUCCUCCUCUUCCUCCUCCUCCUUUUUGUGCCCUGCAGCAGGGCUGCCCAGCCCGGGGGAGGGAAAGCGAUGGGAAGGGGGAUCUCAUCCCCCCCCCCUCCUCCUCCUUCUCCUUCUCCUCCUCUCCCCGUUUCCCUCGCUGUGUUUUUUUUGCAGGUGUGUCAAUUUUAAUUCUGCCCAGUAGGUGGGACUUGGUGACUUUCGCACCGGUUUUCCUUAUUUAUUUAUUUCCCCGUCGCGAUCCUCCGGAGCGGCUGCGGGGAGCGGCGGGCGGCCGGGCCAGCAUGCAUCCCCGCCCGCUGCCGCUGCCCUAGCGGGAUUACCGAGCCAGCUGCCAGCAUGAUUUCAUCUGCUGGAGGAUUUUUGCGUCUGAUCGCUUGAAGGAUUCAGGCAGCAGCAAUGGCAACACGAGCAUCAAUAUCACGGACAUCUCAAGGAACAUCACUUCCAUACACAUAGAGAACUGGAAGAACUUGCAGACGCUGAAUGCUGUAGACAUGGAGCUGUACACGGGACUCCAGAGGCUGACAAUCAGGAACUCAGGACUACGAAAUAUCCAACCUCGCGCCUUUGCGAAGAACCCUCAUCUGCGCUACAUAGACCUCUCUGGUAACCGGCUCACCACCUUGUCAUGGCAACUCUUCCAGACGCUGCGGCUCUUUGACCUGAGAUUAGAGAGGAACCCUUUUAACUGCAGCUGUGACAUCCGCUGGAUCCAGCUCUGGCAGGAGAAGGGCGAGGCCAACCUGCAAUCCCAGGAACUGCGCUGUAUGAACUUGGACACGGCCAUCAUCCUUUUGCAGGACAUGAACAUCACCCAGUGUGACCUCCCUGAGAUCAGUGUGAGCCAUGUGAACCUGACGGUGAGGGAAGGGGAGAAUGCUGUCAUCACCUGCAAUGGCUCAGGAUCACCACUGCCUGACGUUGACUGGACGGUGGCAGAUCUGCAUUCCAUCAACACACACCAGACCAACCUCAACUGGACCAAUGUUCAUGCCAUCAACCUGACCUUGGUGAACGUCACCAGUGAGGACAAUGGGUUCCUGCUUACCUGUAUUGCUGAGAAUGUGGUGGGGAUGAGCAAUGCCAGCGUUCUGCUCACUGUCUACUAUCCCCCUCGCAUCCUUACUCUGGAGGAGCCGGUGUUGCACCUGGAGCACUGCAUUGCCUUUGCAGUGCAUGGGAAUCCAGCUCCUACCCUUCACUGGCUGCACAACGGUCAGGUCCUCCGGGAGACAGAGAUUAUCCACAUGGAGUUCUACCAACAAGGGGAAGUGUCUGAGGGUUGCCUUCUCUUCAACAAACCCACUCACUACAACAAUGGCAACUACACGAUCGUGGCCACCAACCAGCUGGGCUCAGCCAACCAGACCAUCAAAGGACACUUCCUUGAGAAGCCCUUUCCAGAGAGUACGGACAACUUUGUCUCAAUUGGUGACUAUGAAGUGAGUCCCACUCCACCAAUCACUGUGACCCACAAACCAGAGGAGGACACGUUUGGGGUUUCCAUAGCGGUUGGACUAGCAGCUUUUGCUUGUGUCCUCUUGGUGGUCCUCUUUAUUAUGAUCAACAAGUACGGCCGACGGUCCAAGUUUGGGAUGAAAGGUCCCGUGGCAGUGAUCAGCGGAGAGGAGGAUUCUGCCAGCCCGCUCCACCACAUCAACCACGGCAUCACGACGCCUUCGUCCCUGGAUGCUGGCCCAGACACGGUGGUGAUCGGCAUGACCCGCAUCCCCGUCAUCGAGAACCCCCAGUACUUCCGACAAGGUCACAACUGCCACAAGCCAGACACGUAUGUCCAGCAUAUUAAGAGGAGAGACAUCGUUUUGAAGAGGGAGCUGGGAGAAGGUGCCUUUGGGAAGGUGUUCUUGGCCGAGUGUUACAACCUCAGCCCCACCAAUGACAAAAUGCUGGUGGCAGUGAAGGCACUGAAAGACCCCACCUUGGCAGCCCGCAAGGAUUUCCAGAGGGAGGCAGAGCUGCUUACCAACCUGCAGCAUGAGCACAUCGUCAAGUUCUACGGUGUGUGUGGUGAUGGUGACCCGCUCAUCAUGGUCUUCGAGUACAUGAAGCAUGGGGACCUGAACAAGUUCCUGAGGGCACAUGGCCCAGAUGCUAUGAUCCUCGUGGAUGGGCAGCCUCGACAAGCCAAAGGGGAGCUAGGGCUAUCCCAGAUGCUCCACAUCGCUAGCCAGAUCGCCUCUGGAAUGGUGUACCUUGCCUCCCAGCACUUUGUCCAUAGAGACCUGGCCACCAGGAACUGCUUGGUCGGAGCCAACCUGCUGGUGAAGAUUGGAGACUUUGGGAUGUCAAGAGAUGUCUACAGCACUGAUUACUACAGGGAAGGGCCGCGUCCGAAGGGCCAGCUCAGCGCAGCGUGGCAGCGACACAGACUGGCACCGCCGGCAGCUGCAACAGUUGGAGGACACACCAUGCUGCCUAUCCGCUGGAUGCCUCCGGAGAGCAUCAUGUACAGGAAGUUCACAACGGAGAGUGACGUCUGGAGCUUCGGGGUGAUCCUCUGGGAGAUCUUCACCUAUGGGAAGCAGCCCUGGUUUCAGCUCUCGAACACAGAGGUCAUUGAGUGCAUUACCCAAGGCCGAGUUCUGGAAAGACCUCGAGUCUGCCCCAAGGAGGUUUACGACAUCAUGUUGGGCUGCUGGCAGAGAGAACCUCAGCAACGGCUCAACAUCAAGGAGAUCUACAAGAUCCUCCAUGCUCUGGGCAAGGCCACACCAAUCUACCUGGACAUCCUUGGCUAGCAGUGGCCACUUAUCAAAAGUCCCUGAUCCUUCCUUCCGUCCUUCCUUCCCUCUCCCCUUCCCAAGUCCUUUGCCCCUCAGCUCCCAAACAAACAUCUUCAUAUAAACUCAAGUGCCUGCUACACAUACAACACUGAAAACAAAACAAAACAAAAAGCAAACCAACAAAAUUCCCAGAAAACAAAGACCUGUAAGGCAGUUUGGCUUAUAUAUAUUUAUAAAUAUCUCUCUCUAUAUAACUUCCACACCAAUACAGAAAGAAGCUGCUGUUACAGAAAAUUAUAAGACUUUAAAAAGAAAAAAAAAAGAAACAAGGGAGAAAAAGUACUUAUAUAUAUAUAUAUAUAUAUAAUUAAAAAAAAAAAAAAGGAAAGAAAGAAAGGAGAAGGUAUCUUUCCCCCGAGCAAUGAAGCAGUGAGUUGUCAUCCUGCUGUGAGUAUGGCUCGGGCUGCUGGGCAGGGCUCGAGUCUGGCUAUGGCAGCAGUGUUAGCCUGAGUUGGUGCUCUGGGAGGAAAGCCCUGCCCCGGUUGUAUGAUAUGAUAUGCACUGAAUGUGUGAAAUCAGUCCUCCCUUCUUGUCCUUGCCUCCCUUCCUUCUUCCCAGCCCACAGGUGAUGGGCACAAAGACAGGGCAGUGCCCCUGAACAAAUUCUCUUUUACCAAACUUUUCUUCCCUCUCCAUCCUUCCCUGUCCCUCUCUGCCUUUUUCUUCCCUUUGACAUUUCAGGACAAUUUUUCUAAUUUGCUGAUUCUUAACUGUAUAGACUCAAGGCUUUCAAACACACAGUCAAAGGAUUGUGGCACCUACGGGUAUAACACACCGGGAACCAGCUGCCCACCCGCAGCCAGCGCAUCGGAUGGGCCCAGCCCUCCCUCCUCCCUCUACAGUGGAACUGAACCCCUCCCCCCUGCUGAGGGGGGUCCUGGAGACCCAUUCCUGAUUCAUCCCAACCCAUUGCGGCAUGCAAGACAGGAGUGCCAUUCGUCUCAGUGCCCAGUGGAGAUGGUGAAGCUGGGAGGAACCCCUUAACCCCCCAUCCCUGCCUUUUCUCCCCACCCUUCAUUUUUGUGGGGCCAUGGGAUUGGUACCAAGCCACAGCCAAAUUAGUGCAAACCCUCAGCAGAUAGGGUUGCAUCCCCUGUUCCCUGUUUGAGGGAAGGCUGCAGCAUGUAGCUGGAAGUGUGCCCGCAUCACAGCUGGGCACGCCUUUGGGGUCAGCAUAUCCCAGUGCCCUCCCUCCUCAUCCUCUUCCCUUCCCCAUCCCUGCCCCAUGCCUUAGUCCAAGCCUUAGGCACAAGCCAGCCUGAGGCCAGGGAAGGGGACAAGGCUAGCGAGAUGGCUGGGAACCUCCCAACACCUGCCUGCAGACCCCUUGCAAUUCUCCUCACGUCCCCAUCCCCUGAAAGGAUUGAUGCAUCUGCCUUUGAGCUGUUGUGAAAUGCAGAGGCUGAAGAAUAGCUCCACAGGCAGCCCCGGGAGGAGGAGGGGAAUGAGGGGAAGGUGCCUCCAGGAGCAGACAGCUCAGCGGAUGGCUGCAGCAGCCAGCCUUGCAUCUCAAUGAGGAUAAAGGCCUGACAGGCAGCGACAGGGGGUGCUGGGGACAGCCAUGGAGAGGCUGAAGCAUCCUCCCUAAAACCCAUCUUCCUCAUGCAGGAUAUUAUCCUUGUCCGGGGAAAGACUGAGUCAGAAAUGAAUCUUGCCCAUCCAGGCCGGGCUGAGAAAACAAAACCUUCCUUGGGUUGUUUUUUUCCUCUAAAUAGUGGAGGCUGAGGGGGAACCUCAGCCUGGCAGAUGCUCUCAGGAGGCAGUGAGCAGGCGCCACAGGCACCGUGAAGGCAAUUGAGAAGGCGACAAUUGCCAGCACAAAAAUAACCUGCUCCGAUGUGGUUCUCAUCUGAAAGGGAAUGCAGACAGGGGAGGAGGCGAUGGAGAUGGGAUCUUGACUCCUUCCCCAUGGCCAGAGCAGUGUUCAGGGCCAGGAUGCAAGGGAAGAUGCAUGAGUCUGAGACCUUAUUACAGCUGGCUACUGAAAGAGAAGAUUUUGCAUCCCUCCUCAACCUCUCUGUCUCCUGCCUAUCUCUACCUCCUACCCUUGGCUCUGGCAUGACCUCGCUUAAGGUUUCAAGUGGGGCAGGGGACGCUGCUACAGGGUUUGUGGAGGCUGUGGGUUUAGACUGUGCUUGUGCAAAGAGCACCUCAAGCUCAGAGUGAGAGAGGAUGGGUGGCAGUAAAAACGUGCAACCUUCCCCUUUCUGUUAAAUCACAGAGAGCCAGUCUCAUGCAGCAGAGGCUGGACAGACUGCCACUGGACAGACACCAGCAGCUCACAGCAUGGGCACCAAAGGUGGUAUGGUCAGGGUCAGGGUGUGAAAUGGCAGUCCACACACACAAGCAAGGUGCCAUGCCACCCCUCCGUAGCAGCUACUCGCUCUGUUGGGAGAGGAUAUCUAGUUUUCCUCAUCUACAACUUAGGUUCAUCCUUGAAGUGAGAAAGAUUAGUCGAAAAGUUGCCAGAUCUGGCUCUUUUUGUGUGUAGGCUGCUUUGGCUAAAAGGACUGGAGACUAUCCAGGGAAAAAUACGUGAUGGUGGUACUAGCCCAGUGCCUCCAAAAGAAAACUCUUCUCUGGGGCUGCCUGCCCCAAACCCCAAAUGGUCUCUUGCUCUUGUGGCUCUCAGGCACAGUGCCAGAUUGUGCAAAACCACUGUUUUGUCCACACUCCCCUCUUGCUCUUAUGCUCUCAUUUCUCUUUCAGCCAAUUUCGCUGGCCUUUACACAGGCAGAUUACCUAGAGUCACUGUGUUUCCAUAGUCAAUGCUUAUUCCCUUAUAACUAUUCUGCACAACAGCUAUAUUCUCCUUUCCCUCCUCCUUUCCUCCUUGUGUCCUCCAACACCAUUACACGUCCCUUUGCCAGCUCUUUGUACUCUCCUGACAUCGAGGUGAGCUCAGGAGCUGAGCAUCACACCUGGAUUUGGUGCAACGUGGUUAGGAAUAAAUGGUCAAUGAGAGGCAAGGAGAUGGGCCACCAGAAGAUGUGAAAUGGCUGAGACCAAGGUUCAGGCUGUCUGACUGCUUUACCAUUAGCCCCACCAAGUGCAAUGACUGCUUUGACAGAAGGUCUUUUUGUCAGAGCUAAUCGGGAACAAUUGCUUAGAAGAGUAGAAUAAGAAGUGCUGCAGAGCUGGCUCCCAGCAGCUGCUGCGUUAUGCCCAGUGGGCUGGUGCUGCUGGAUGAAGGUUUAUUGGUGGGGAGGGAGGGAAGGCUCAUUUUUGUUUUGGAGACAUGACUGAAACUGCUGCAUCCCUUUUUGGUCUGACAAUUUUGGAUGGGAAGAGGGAAAGUGUCCGUGCUGAGUUCCUGGUGAACCUUGAGACCUCAUUUCAAGAAGGACUUUCCCUGGAGCAAAAGUGGAGCUGCUGAUCAGCAUGGAUGACAGUACCUUUCCUGCAGGAAGAGGGGCUCCUGUGGAGGCUCUGCCACUGCUCCACUGCAAGCGGAGGGAGGAAGAAGAGCAGGUUUGGAGGGAAACCCUCACAGAAUGCCACAAAUCUAAGUGUGGGAAGUAUGUGGAGGCAAAGAGAAAUGAGUUCACAGUCUCCAUUUUGAAGAGACAUACUUCCUACAACCUUGUCUGCCACGAGGGGAGAGCUGGCAACACAUACAGGUCUCACGCAGGUCUAGGGCAAACCAGACCUUACUACCAGCAACUUUCUGGAGGGGGUUGUUGAAAAGGAGAUGGGAGCAGUGUUUGUUUGGGCACUGCUAAGAAGGGGCCACGGAGUCUUCCCCAGCCCAGCAGCAUCCUGCUUUCAAGCACCAACUCUGUCAUCUAUGGGUGUCACUGACAUAAUGCCUUCUUGGUGGUUAAGGUGCUAUAUGGUACAGAUGGCAAUCUCAUGCCAGGGCUGCAAACAGUGGGCAGUGAACUUGUCUCCAGUCUUAGGGGUUCAUCUGUGACCUGUCUCGUUUCUUCCAAACCGUUUUCCUUCCACCAUAAUCUAUCAGGUUGAGAGACAAAAGCUAAAGCAUAGCUAAGGGAAGACAUGCAACGAUCUGCCAGACUAGAAGCCCAUCCUGUCUCUCUCAAAACUUACCAUUUGGUCCUCUAAAUGUCCCCUGAUGCAUACAUUGUGGGGUCAGAAAAGAGCCUGCACUGCCUCAUCUCAAGCCUGCGCCUGUGUCCACGGGGUGCUGAAUUGCAGACAGGUGAUUCUGAGAACAUGUGCUGCAAGACAAACACAAAAAAUGUGGAAUGCCUUUAGAGAGGCUGCUUGUUGAGAGACAUCAUUAGCUUUGAGCUGUCUGCUUGUCCCCAGGAGUGGGUGGAACAAGGUGAGAAAAUACGUGGGGAAAUAAAAAAGCCAAGGGAAGGGAAGGGCUGGUUGUCGAAGGCGAGUAUCUUGGGCUGGGAAAUUGAGACUGGUUUCGGGAGUGUGGCAUAGAAUUUUAAGUAGCACAGUGGUUUACAAGCAGAGAAAAGCAAAGGAAAACAGCAACAUGCUAGAGCACCACGAAAAGCUAGCUGUAACACAGGGCAAUCCUGGUUAAAAAAGGAGAGAGAAACCAAUAAAAGCAA